AUGGAUUCUCAAGUCAAGUAUUUGCUUUCCCUUAAGGCUGUCCGCGAUCGGUCCAAGAUUGUGGGAGAGGCCGCCAAGUCUGGCAAGCUGAGCCACUUUGAGGUUCGGGAAGAUAAGCUGGAUGAGGUUGUCGACUUCGUUGCUUCUGUGAUCAAGCGUGACUAUGGGCCAGACAAGUUUGACACAAUCCCUCCUCACGGGCGCUGGCAACAUUUCGAAGUCGGAAAUGUGCCCCGCGUCGCCAACAUCAUGGAGGAGUGGAAGAAGGAGGGGUGUGACAAGACUGAAGUGACCCGCCGCCUCAUCGACCUCUUCUUUGUCUCUGUGCUUUUGGACGCUGGUGCAGGCGACCACUGGAGAUACACAGAGCCCGGAACCGAUCAGGUCUAUGAGCGUAGUGAGGGGAUCGCUGUAGCCAGUCUCCAUAUGUUCAAGUCCUUGUCUUACACCUCAGGAUCUAUUCCGAUAGUCGAUGGCAAGGGGCUGGAGAAGCUCCAGACCGAUGAGCUUGCAAAGGGCUUCCAAGUGUCUGACAGCAACCCCAUGUUAGGAGUCGACUCUCGUGCGGCACUUCUCAGGAGCUUGGGAGGGUCAUUGCUUGCUCACCCAGAUGUCUUUGGAGCUGAAGGCCGCCCGGGUAACCUGGUUGACUGCUUGAUCAAGUCAGCCGGUGACUCUGCCAAGCUCGAUGUUCUAUUCCUCUGGGACACCCUCCAAGCUCUUCUUAUUCCCUGCUGGCCUAAAGAUCGCACAACAAUCAACGGCACACCAAUUGGCGACGCAUGGCCUUUGAGCACCCUCAAGAACACGUCCGGCAGCUCUGACCCUGCAGACGGAAUUCAACCCUUCCACAAGCUCACCCAGUGGCUUACGUACUCCCUGAUGGUUCCCUUUCAGAGAGUCUUGGGCUUGGAGUGGACCAACGCGGACUCUCUAACGGCUCUACCAGAAUACCGCAAUGGCGGUCUGUUCGUCGAUCUCGGUGUCCUUGUCCUGAAGAAGGACACCCUCGACCGCGGACUGAAGGCAUCGGGUGAAGAGCUGCCCAUGUUCGAUGCGGGAGAUGAUGUUGUUGUGGAGUGGAGAGCCAUGACGCUGGUGCUGAUUGACAAGCUGUACGGCAAGAUCCAACCCCGCAUGGGUGAUGGCGUUCAGCUGAGCAUGGCGCAACUGCUGGAGGCUGGUACGUGGAAGUCCGGGCGUGAGGUUGCGGCGCAGCGGAGGCCGAAGACGAAGUCGAGUCCCAUCAUCAUCAAGAGUGAUGGCACUGUGUUUUAG